AUGAAGGUCAGCGGCUCGGUCAAGAAGCGCUACUCGGACGCGGGCGGCGGCGGCGCGCGCGGCAAGCGGCAGCGCGGCGGCUUCUCCAAGAACGUGCCGUUCGAGGACGAGCUCUUCCAGUGGAUCUGCAGCGUGCGCGCGCGCAACGUGCCGCUGCUGGUGGCGCACGUGCAGCAGAAGGCCAAGCUGCUGGCCGCCAGGCACAAGAUGAAGGACGACUUCAAGGCCUCCAACGGCUGGUACUACCGCUUCUGCGGCCGCUACGGCUUCACGCCGGCCUCGCUGCAUGCGGGCGCGCCGGCUGCAGCCCCCGCCGCAGCCUUAGCUCCAGUCUCAGUCCCAGCUCCUCUGCAGACAGGGGUAGAAGGCUCUACCAGGAGAAAGUCGGCGGAGACGACGCAGUGGACCAGGCUGAGGGACACAAUAGGGAGGUUCUCCCCCGAGCUCGUCUACACUGUGAGUGAGGCGAGGCUGUUCUACCAGAUGCUGCCGGAGGCUGUCGACCCGGCGCGGGAUCGCGCUGUUCCUACGGAGACUGUGGAGACUGGAGUUUCUGGAACGUUGCUCGUCCCGGGGAAGAUCCCGCACGUGCUGGUGCUCAUGUGCACGAACUGCACGGGCACGCACAAGAUCCCGCUGCUGGUGGUGGGGAAGGAGAAGACGCCGUCGUGCUUGGAGACUGCUGGAGUGGGGCUGGGCGCGUCGUACCUCAGCCAGCGCGAGGAGAGGCUGAGCUUCUUGGAGAGGUCGCCUGAAGAGAAAUACCGACUUAUCCAACGCGCCGGCAAGAAACCCGCGGGUGGUGCGGGCGCUUGGGCAGCAACUCCUCCGGCGCUGAUCAGAAGCAGCUGGCUCAAGUCUCGCCUGGGCAGCAAUACGGCUUUCUCACCCGUUGUACCUGUAAUGCAUCAAGAGGUAAGCGACGACGCCGUGGUGGUGGAACUUUGCUCGAUGCUGCACAACACGAAGCUCGUGGAUGAUAUGAACAAAUUGGCCAAGGAACUGCGGAGCUGGCUUCAUGCUGACGCUGAUUCAAGUGAGCGCAUGCAGCAAGAGUUGCUGUACGACAUUCAGCAGCUUCUUCAAGACGAAGAGGAGCAGCAACAGCAGCAAGGAAGUGGCCAAGGCAUCACACAGGACCAACCGCAACAGCAACCAACCGUAGCAGCUACCGUGAAUACUGCAAAUAUCGAUUUGAACUCUGCGGAGCUCCGUACUGCUGAGACUCAGCCGUCUCCUGAACCUGCAGUCGACACAGAAGGAGUGCAAAACGAGAAGCGCAAGUCUGUUGAAUUCUUACUGAAGGCUCUUGCGAGAGCUGAAGAAGCCUUGGACAAUGCUGACGUUGCUGAGUUUUUCGGAGAGGAGGCUGCUGGUCAAGCUACGGAGAGCGUUUCGAGGACAUUGCGGCGGCUGCGUCGUAUCCAGCGUGGGAAACAAUCAGCUCUUGUUGCGGCUGCUGUGAGUGCUGCUGCUACUGGUGAUUCUAACGAGACUGGCUUGGGUUUCUCAAGCACACACGACUUCUUUUACGGCAAUGCUUCGCUUCGAGGUGCUCCUUAG